AUGCGACUUUUUCUAUUUGUUUCAUUGCUGCCAUUAGCGAUCUUUGGUGGAACAAUUUCAAGAAAAGUUGAUGGCGUUGAAUGUAAACUCGAUGAAGGAUUUGAAGCAAUCACUUGCGGUAUUGUGAGUUUCACGAUUUUCUAAUAAAACUAUUGAGAAAUUUGAGAAUUUCAGAGACUUGCCAACUUACAAAAAGUUCUAGACAAAUGGGAAAAUCUUGGAAACCUUGAUGGAAUUAAAGAAGCUUGUGAAAACGUAGCCCAAUGUUUGACAUAUCUUCAAUGCGUUGAUGAAGAAAAUCGAGAUCUUACUAGAAUUCUAUCGAAUCAUUGUACAACUAUGAUCUUCCUGACUGAAAGGUUUGGAGAUUGUUAUGAGAAAAUCGAGAAAACGAAUACAACUUGCUUCAAUUCAUGGGACCCUUUCCCAGGACUUGAUGAGGUGAAACAUAAUUUUUUUUUCUAAUUUCCAACAAAUAAAACAUUUUCUUUCAGACCGGUGAUGUUUACACUCCCCCAGACAACAAAGUUUAUUGUGAAAAUUUUUUCGGAUCGAAAAAUUGUAUCAAGCAAGAAAUCUUCGAUAAAUGCGAUAACACAUUGUGGAAAGAUUUGAAGGCUUCAUUACUUUUAAAUGAGAAAAUUUGCGAUUUCAAGGAUUUAUAA